UAUUCCAGAACCCUCUCCCCAUCCCCCUCUCUGAUGAAGGGUCUAGGCCCGAAACGUCAGCUUUUGUGCUCCUCAGAUGCUGUUUGGCCUGCUGUGCUCAUCCAGCCUCACAUUUUAUUAUUUUAGGAGAGAGAGCUGUUUUGGUUUGUGAUACACGAGACGAGGCUGUCUAUGCCUUUCACCCAUCGGUAGCUCUCCUCCUGUCCGUGCCUCAGCCUCUAUGCACACACACUGCCAGGCAUAGUCUUCCUCCCUCUCUGUAUGUGUGUGUGUCUCUCUCUCGCUUCAGCUCCUAAAACCUAAGAUGCAUCGGAUAUAAAAACACGCAUAUACACACACACACACACACACACACACACAUCAACAAGCCAUGGGGAAAGAUCAGGAAUUACUGCAAGCUGUCAAAACCGAAGAUGUAGCUGCAGUGCAGAAGCUGUUGCAAAGGCCGAAACAAGGCAAAGCGAACAAGAGCUCCUCGAGUCCCAUUUUCACAUUGAGGAUAUCCUUCCAUUCUAAGGUCAUAGGUGGGAUGUUUGCUGAUGAUUACGCACUGUUGAGCAGCAUUUGUAAUGCUCCAGAUACUGAAAUGCCCAUUUGCAGCAAGACCUGGACAAGGUCCACACUCGACAAGAAAAAGGGGAAGAAAACAGAUGAAUGCUUGGCUCACGUGUUUGUGUUCGGGGAAGGAUUUAGACUCCCGGAUCUGAAGGGAAAUGCGCGGGGAUGGUGUAUCCUCGACAAGUGGGCUGGUCUGCAGCUGAACCGGAAAGGAGCCAAAAUCUUUGCACAAGGGUUUGCUAAUGUUGUGAGGAAUUUCAGCUAUGGACCUCCAAGCAGUGGGCAAUUGCAGUUUCCACUUGGAAGAAAGAUUCACAUCAAAUUGACUGGUCAAGGAAAUGGGACACUGACUGGUGGAGUUAGUGGAACCGAAAAAGAUGUCUCCCUCACAGCGUUUGUGACAAAAGAAUUGCAUCGUUCCUUGGCGGCCUUUCAACAGAAGAAUAUUCAGAGAUUUCCCGAGUGUACCACGCUGAGUGUUGUUAUCCCGAUAGUUCUUUCGUAUCAGUCCGUGUGUAUUCCUGGGCGAAUGUGCUCGUGUGGUCUCAGGAGUUGCGGAGGUCACGGCUCUGGGACAGCCGUUUCAUCGCCCUAUGCUGCAGAACCUACCCCGGAAGAGAGAGCCCAGAGAAUUGCCAAAGCUGUCCGCAAACAGUCAACAGAAGUGAAGGAAAAUUGGGAGCAAUUGAAAACCCGUGUGAGCAACUGGCAGAAACAGGUGGAAAAGGCGUUGGAGAAACUUUAAGAACUGCAGAAAGCUCUGGGUGAUCUUGAGGCUCAUGUGAUAACAGCUGAGGGGGUCCACACUGAUUGGCAACCUGUGGGUGACCUGCUUCUUGACUCAUUGCAGGGUCACAUUGAUAAAACCACAGGUGAGGACUAUCUGCAAAAUCUGAGAUUGGGUUUUGAAAGACAGCAGCCUUUGUUUUGGAGAGAUAAUGGGAACUGCAGAUGCUGGAGAAUGCGAGAUAACACCGUGUGGAACUGGAUGAAGACAGCAGGCCAAGCAGCAUCUCAGGAGCACAAAAGCUGACGUUUCGGGCCGAGAACCUUUUUCAGAAAAUGGGGAGGGGGUGCGGGUUCUGGAAUAAAUAGGGAGAGAGGGGGAGGCGGAUGGAAGAUGGAUGGAGGAGAAGAUAGGUGGAGAGGAGAGUAUGGGUAGGGAGGCAGGGAGGGGAUAGGUCAGUCUGGGGAGGCGGGACAGGUCAAGGGAGCGGGAUGAGGGGAAAUAGGGGUGCGGCAUGAGGUGGGAGGGGGGAUGGGUGAGAGGAAGAAUAGGUUUGGGAGGCAGGGACGAGCUGGGCUGGUUUUGGGAUGCAGUGGCAGGACAGGAGAUUUGGAAGCUUGUGAAAUCCACACUGAUACCAUUGGGCUGCAGGGUUCCCAAGCAGAAUAUGAGUUGCUGUUCCUGCAACCUUCGGGUGGCGUCAUUAUGGCACUGCAGGAGGUCCAGGUUGGACAUGUCCUCUCAGGAAUGGGAGGGGGAGUUGAAAUGGUUCGUGACUGGGAGGUGCAGUUGUUUAUUGCAAACUGAGCGUAGGUGUUCUGAAAAGCGGUCCCCAAGCCUCUGCAUCGUUUCCCCAAUGUGGAGGAAGCCACAACGGGGACAGCGGAUGUUUAGGAUAUUUCUUAAGCAUUGAUUUUCAUUCAGAGUUGGUUGGAUUUUGCUGAAGCAAUAGACAUAACUCACUAUGACAUAGACAAUGUCAGAGUUAAUGUUUCGCGUCCUGUGACCCUUCCUCAGAUCUCACUCUUCACUGAUGCUGCCAGACCUGCUGAGCUUUUCCAGCAACUUCUGCUUUUGUUGCUGAUUUACAGUGCCCACAGUUAGAACAUAGAACAGUACAGCACAGAAAAGGCCCUUUAGCCCACAAUGUUGUGCCGACCAUUGAUCCUCAUGUAUGCACCCUCAAAUUUCUGUGACCAUAUACAUGUCCAGCAGUCUCUCAAAUGACCCCAAUGACCUUGCUUCCACAACUGCUGCUGGCAACGCAUUCCAUGCUCUCACAACUCUCUGCGUAAAGAACCUGCCUCUGACAUCCCCUCUAUACUUUCCACCAACCAGCUUAAAACUAUGACCCCUCGUGCUAGCCAUUUCUGCUCUGGGAAAUAGUCUCUGGCUAUCAACUCUAUCUAUGCCUCUCAUUAUCUUGUAUACCUCAAUUAGGUCCCCUCUCCUCCUC